AUUUUUCCCCGAAAAUAUUCUUGCUUAAACGUACUUGGAGAGGGAAGAAGUUGAUAAUGGCAAGAGAAAUUGAAUCCAUGGCAUUUAACAUGAGGAGCAAGAUGAGAGGUGAUACUAUAAGUUCAUCCUCGCCUUGCAUCUUCAGGAUUCCCAGCAUACUUCGCAGGCACAAUAAGGAAGCAUACACCCCCAACGCAUUUUCCAUCGGGCCGUUUCACCAUGGUGAGAAAGAUCUCGAAGACAAUCAGAAGAUCAAGUUUGACUACUUACAAGGCCUUCUGAGCAGAAUAGGUGAUCUGGAGACAACACUAAUGAAUUGCAUCGAAGUGAUCACAAAUAACGAAGCAAAAGCCCGAGGGUGCUACGCAGAAGAAAUUCAUAUGACCAAACAGGCAUUCAUUGAAAUGUUGGUGCUUGAUGGCUGCUUCAUUGUUGAACUAUUCAGGAAGCAGGAUGCUGGAGUGGUACCGAGAGGUAAAAAUGAUCCCAUUUUCUCUAUUUCCUGUAUGCUUCAGUUCUUAUGCCAUGACUUGAUUUUGCUAGAAAAUCAAAUACCCUGGUUUGUGCUGGAGCUUCUGUUUAGCUCAACAGGAGGUUCGUCUGAAUCCAAGUCCCUACUUCAACUCGCCUUGGAUUUCUUCGACGACAUGUUUCUAUAUGACCACUCUCCUAUACAACUAGAUCUCUUUGCCAAUGAAGAAAUCCAGCACAUUCUUGAUUUGUUAAGAAGUUCUUUGGUGUUGCCACUUGGAGAAGAGCAAGGCAAAGUAAAGUCAGUUAAAUCAUGGCAGCCUAUCCCUUCUGCCACCAGCAUCAAAGAAUCUGGAAUCAGUUUCAGGAAAGUGAGAUCAUCAAGCAUCCUAGAUGUCAAAUUCAGGAGAGGCACUCUGGAAAUGCCAUCAAUUCGCAUCCAAGAAACCAUUGAACCUGUCUUCCGAAAUCUGAUCAGCUACGAGCAAUGUUAUCCAAACUGUUCUCCCAGAGUUACAUGCUAUGCUAUACUCUUGGACAACCUUAUCAAUAAUGAACAGGACAUGGAAGAACUCAACAAGAGUGGGAUUCUUAUCAACUGGCUUAACCCACAUGACACGACGCAGUUCUUUAAGAUGCUAUACCAUGAUGCUUUUUUGAAAGAGAUUUAUUACCAAAAGCUUUGCUCGGAAGUGAAUGAAUAUCAGAAGAAAUUGUUGCCUAAAUGGCGAGCUUUUUAUACACGCAAUUAUUUUGCGAAGCCGUGGGCCGUUAUUUCUCAGAUUGUUGCUGCUAUCCUUCUCGUCCUAACUUUACUGCAAACCAUUUAUUCCAUGAAGUGAUCAAUACUUGUUUUAAUACAUGUCAUAUCCUGUU